AAACAAACCACAGAAUACCCGGCUCCCUCAGGAACUGGAGCUCCUGGCAAAAUUCCUGAAUUGGAUACAAGAAGAACAACAAGGACAUGCCCAGUGCAAUCCCAGUAAUCCUGGCAGGGCUCUGCUUCCUGCUGCUUAAACCCACCUGCUGCAGCAGCAGCGAGAUCCUGGUGGUGCCGGUUGAUGGCAGCCACUGGGUCAACAUGAAGGUGAUUCUCGAGGAGCUCCACUCCAGAGGCCACAACAUCACUGUGCUGCGCUCUGCCCGGAGCUGGUACAUUCCAAGUGACUCUACCAUUUAUACUUCUGUCAAUGUGUCCAUGCUGGAGGACGAGUCAGACAGGGAAGCUUACAAUAAAAUUUUGAAAGAUGUCAUAGAAUGCCGAAAGUCACUGUCCUUUGUACGCAGCUUCUGCCAGCAGCAUGUGCUCACAACCUUAUUGUCAAAAGGCCAUGAGAUCCUUGCCAGAGCGGCUGGCAAAAUAUUGGAUGACCCUGUUUUCAUGAAGAAAAUGCAAGAUGCCAAGUUUGACCUAAUAUUGACAGACCCUGCUCUGACUCUCGGAGUCCUCCUUGGUAGUUACCUCAAGCUGCCAAUGGUUUUUAAUGUGCGCUGGAUUAAUAAUGGAGAGGGCCACUUCACCAUUGCCCCGUCACCUGUCUCUUAUGUUCCUGUGCAAGGAAGUGAACUUGACGAUCAGAUGGAUUUUCAGGAAAGGACCAAGAAUAUGUUACUCUACCUCUACGGGGUUGCGGAGCAGCACUUCAUCCUUAACCCCAAGUAUUCAGAUUUACUCCAGCGACACUUCCCUCCUGGAACUGACUUGCUGUCUUUGCAGCGUUCAGCUGAUAUCUGGCUGCUGAGGGCAGAUUUCGUCUUUGAGUUCCCUCGACCCACGAUGCCCAAUGUUGUCUACAUCGGGGGGUUCCAGGGCAAAAAGGCCAGACACCUCCCUGCUGACUUGGAGGACUUCAUGCAGAGCUCUGGGGAGCAUGGGGUGGUGGUCAUGUCUCUGGGGACAAUUGUGUCCGCCCUGCCUCGUGACACCACAGAGGCCAUUGCUGCAGCUUUUGCUCAACUCCCUCAGAAAGUAGUGUGGAGGUUUUCAGGAGAAAGGCCUUCAUCUCUGGGGAACAACACACUCUUGGUAAAUUGGCUGCCUCAGAACGACAUCCUGGGACAUCCCAAGACUCGUGUUUUUGUGGCCCACGGAGGGACCAAUGGGAUGUAUGAAGCCAUCUACCACGGCGUUCCUGUCCUUGGCAUGCCACUUCUCUUCGACCAGUUUGACAAUGUACACCGGUUAAAGGUGCGUGGGGCAGCUCGGGUGGUGGAGGCCAAAUCAAUCACCAAGGAAAACUUCCUUGAGGCCCUAAAGGAUGUUCUAGAGACUCCCUCCUACCGAACCAACAUCCAGCACCUCUCCCAGCUACACCACGACAGGCCGAUGACUCCCAUGGACACUGCCAUCUUUUGGAUUGAGUAUGUCAUCAGGAACAAAGGAGCAGCCCACCUGCGGGCUGCUGGUUUUAGACUGCCUUGGUACUCCUACUUCUGCCUGGAUGUGGCUCUUUUUCUCAUAGCCCUCGUAGGAGCUUUUAUCUGGGCUGCAGUCUUCACCUGUAGACUUCUCUGCUGCAGAAGGUUCAGGAGGAAGAUCAAAGCAGAGUAACUAAUAUGAAUAUAACCUGAAUGACAAAUAUUUGAAACUCUAGGAAAUAAAGUUUUUUUUAAGAGUA